AUGAUUUCUUCUCCCCAGGAUUUCAAAACCUAUGUGGAUCAAGCUUGUAGAGCUGCUGAAGAAUUUGUCAACAUUUAUUAUGAGACAAUGGACAAAAGAAGGAGGGUUUUGACUAGACUCUAUCUGGACAAAGCAACGUUAGUCUGGAAUGGUAAUGCAGUGUCUGGGCAGGAAGCAUUGAAUGAGUUUUUUGAAAUGCUGCCAUCUAGUGAAUUCCAGGUUAAUGUACUGGACUGCCAACCUGUUCACGAGCAAGCUACUCAAAGCCAGACAACAGUCCUCGUGGUGACAUGUGGGACAGUCAAAUUUGAUGGCAACAAGCAGCACAACUUCAAUCAGAACUGCCUGCUGACAGCGCAGGCCACUCCGACCAACACGGUGUGGAAGAUCGCGAGUGACUGUUUCCGCUUUCAGGACUGGGCCAGUUAGUGGGGACGGGCUGUGGGAAGUGGCCUCUUUCCUUCGGCAUGUUCAGGUUAGCUGUAU